AUGCUAUUGUGUAGAAACAUGGGCCGCCGGUACCUGUGGGUAGAUCGACUGUGCAUUGUCCAAGAUGAUGACGAUCUCAAACUCUCGCAGAUACAGAGCAUGGACACGAUAUAUCAGCAGGCCUUUGCUACUAUCGUUGCCUGCGCUGAUGGUAUUGGCACUGGGUUGCCUGGUCUUGUUGACAGACCACGGCAAGGAACCCUUGAUAACCGAUGCUGGCAUUUGAGUAUCGACGGACACUGCAUCGGAGCUAGCAUGAUCACCAUAUCUGAGGUUGUUGAAAAGUCUGAAUGGAACACUAGAGCGUGGACAUAUCAAGAAAGGUUGCUUAGUCGCCGGCAUUUCUUUUUCGGCGACUCAGACGUCUUCUUCAGUUGCUUCCACGACAAUUCAAGACUUGGUGCAAAGGAGACCGAUCCUAGCGCCCUGCAACGAAUGAGUCGACAAUCGCACGGCCAGGGAUUUGAGACUAGUCUUCGUCAGAGCGAAUCCUACUACGGAAGUUUUGCCGAAAUGUAUGGGUGGCUGACUGAGAGCUAUACUCGUCGAGCAAUGACUUACAGGAGCGACAUCCUGAACGCUUUUGAGGGAGUGCUGAAGGUUUUCUGUUACUUGAGCAACACUCUCGUUCUCUUCGGUAUUCCUGAACGUUUCAUGUUGCAGGCCAUUCUCUGGGGCUACGAAGGCACGCAGGUUUAG